AUGCCUGUCACUUGGAACUCAGAAGCCAACGCGCGACUUUUCCUCGGCGUUUUGACCCAGCUCAAAAACCAAAGCAUCAAGCUUGAUUACACUGCACUAGCAAAUUCUGUGGGUCAGGGCUGCACCGUCAGAGCCGUGCAGCAGCAGAUGGACAAGCUGAGAAAGCAGGUCUCCGAUGGCAGCAGUAACCCCGCAACCCCCGUCGGCACACCCCGAAGGCAGGCUGCCACGGCUGCCAACAGUGGUCCCUCCAGCCAGGCUCUUCUAUCUGCCAAACGCAAGGCGGCCCGUAUCGCGAAGCCGAAGACUCCGACCAAGAAGAGCAGGAGCGUCUCUAAGGUUGUGGACAAGGAGGAGAGCAGUGAGGAGGACAGCGAGGAGAAUACCAAGUCCAUUGUUAAGGGAGAGGAUAGCGAGGAGGAUGCAGAGACUAUCAUCAAAGGGGAGCAGAGUGAUGCCAGUGACAAGACCUAUGCCUGA